CAAAUCAUAAACCACGCAAAAGAGCCGUACCCUCCCAAUGAGUUCCUAUUUUGUAAACUCAACUUUCCCAGUGACUCUGCCCGGAGGACAGGAGUCGUUCUUGGGACAGAUACCGUUAUAUUCCUCCGGAUACACAGACCCUUUACGACACUAUCCCGGUGCUGCUUAUGGAGGUUCCAGUGUCCAAGAGAAGGCGUACCCAGCCUCCUUUUACCAACAAGCGAACGGUGCCUACGGCAGGGCAACCGCCGCCGGUCCCUGCGAUUAUGCGACAGCAAGCUUCUACAGGGAAAAGGACCCUGCCUGCGCCCUCGCCAGCAUAGAGGAACACUCGUUCGUGCUCAGUCAGGAUCAUCGCAAGACAGACUGCACGGGAUCGACGGGGAAAAGCAUCUACCCUGAGGCCGACGAACAGAAGCCAUCAGCGCCGGUUUAUCCUUGGAUGCAACGGAUGAACUCGUGUAACGGGACCUUCGGUAACGCUGGCCGAAGGGGUCGUCAGACGUACACUCGCUACCAGACGUUAGAAUUGGAGAAAGAGUUCCACUUUAACAGGUAUCUGACCCGAAGACGCCGCAUUGAGAUUGCGCACGCACUGUGCCUGACAGAACGUCAGAUAAAGAUUUGGUUCCAAAACCGGCGAAUGAAAUGGAAAAAAGAGAACAAAUUGAUCAACUGUUCACAAACCAGUGGCGAAGAGGAGGAGGAGAAGAGGACAGAAUGAAAUUUUAAACGAUAAAAUUCCCCCCACCAAAAGAAAACUAUGGCAUAGAGGGCACCAGACACCACUCUCUAAUAACACAAAUGAAGACUUUUCAUCAUGUUAGCAACUGUAGCAUUCCUGUUAACUCAAUGUAAUUUCUUUUGUGAUUUCUUUCCCUUUUUUUACAUGACGUUUAACACAUGUGGUUUUGUGCGCUCUUACUCAAUUUAGAUUUGCUCUUAUGACUGAAAUGUCCAUGUUGAACGAAGCUAUUUGAAAUAUGUGUCAUAUUCGUGUUUAUAUUUAAGCUGUGUAAAAAUAAAAAUAAAUUCCCAUUGUACGGAAAA